AUGGAAGUAACAAACGAGAAUUUCGACGAAGAAUUUGACAACUUUAAAAGUGAUUUGAAGAAGGCUUGUUUUGUCUCCUUUGACGCGGAGUUCAACGCGCUUUUAUCUGGCGAUAAGUUUAAACAUAGAUUAUUUGAUACCAACGAAGAAAGAUACAAUUUGAUCAAGAAUGAUGCAGAUCAGUUAAUAAUGACACAAGUAGGUUUGACUAUGUUUGAAUAUCACAGGGAUCGUGACAGGUACAAAGCCAAAUCUUAUACAUUCUAUUUGUGUCCACAAUCCUUUUCGGAAAUCGACCAGAGCUUCGUUUUUCUAGCCUCCACACUGAAGUUCCUACGCAGACACCAUUUCGAUUUUAAUAAGUUCAUAUAUGGAGGAGUGCCAUACUUAAGCAAAGCUGAGGAAGCUGUAGUAAGACAAAAUUUAAAAGAAAACAUAUUAUUUAAUCAGCUGACAAGAACGCUGCAGAUGGAUGAUGAAAAACUGUUACAAGACUACUGCUCGGAAGUUUCUAAGUGGUUAAUAAGAAGCAAUGAUGGCACCAUGUACCUGAAUGUCCCAAAUCAUAUACUUCGUUAUGUUACACAUAUUGAAGUUAGAAUGCGUUUCCCCAACGUAGUCACCACAAAUAGCUUAGGUGAUAGUAAGAAGAUCCUAAUAUACCGGAAUGUAAAUGUAGAGGGCGCCAUCAGCACUCCUAGAGAAGAACUUGAAAAUAAUCUAUUGGACGGUUUGCUCGGGUUUUCAAGAGUCAUAGCACUCCUAGCGGAAUCACAGAAACCUAUCGCUGGACACAACUUAUUUAUAGACACCAUAAUACUCCAUAAUCAGUUCAUAGGACCUCUACCAAACAAAUACAAGGACUUUAAGAAGAACGUUCACAAUAUGUUCCCAGUUCUAUAUGACACAAAAUAUUUAUCUAGCAUUAUGGCUAAGAAGCUCCCGCACAAUGAAUGUUGGAAGUCGAACGCAUUACAAGACCUUUACGAGUUCUUUGCGGAAAGGAAAUUCAUGAAGUUGCACAUGUGGGCCAAUGAAAUUGAGCUGAGCAGGCCUUUUGCUCCUAACCAAACAUACCAUGAAGCAGGGUGGGACUCGUACUGUACAGGAUUCUGUUUCAUCCGGCUGGCUCAUUGGGUGGCGUGUGAGAAUCGAGGCAACUUCGCCACUGUAGGACCCACGGAGAAAUUGAAGGUGCUCAAACCGUACUGCAACAAGGUCAACGUCAUUCGUGGAGCGGUUCAGUACAUGAAUUUCGCGGAAGACGAUCCGCCACGCUUUCGUCCUCAGCUGUUGCAUUUGAUGUUAUUGAAGGAAAACUCCAUCAAUGUCGGCAAGGUGGCGUCCGAGCUGGGAGCCUACGGGUCGAUUGAUAUCAAGCCUUAUGGGAACAAAGCUGCCCUAAUAGCCACCGGCAGUCAACAAGUCGCCCAAAAAAUAUUGAAGGAGUUCAAGAACAGUAAAGAGUACAAAAUAGCACUGUACAGUCACUCGCCAGCUAAGAGAGUGGCCCUUUGGAGCGGCGCUUUAAUCACCGGGAGUAUAGUCCUGUAUCUUCUACACCAGAAGUUAAGAUAA